CAGGGCACAAGUCUCCAGGCCCGACUGGGCCUCAGGUGGUUGAGGCCCAGGACAGCCCAUGUCAGGGUCAGGAAGGCUUCUGAAGAGGCCGGCUGUGAAGGCCACCAGCAGGGCUUUCCGCGUUCUAGCUAUAACUGGAGUUGUUUUCAUUCUUGCAACCUGUUGGUCAGGUAGGCAGCAUAAAAUUAUCUCCAUUUUCAGCUGAGGAAAUUGAGACCUGCAGAGAAGUGACUUGCUCAGGCUUUGUGUGGACUUUGGAGUUAGGCCAGAGGAGAAAUUGGAGCCUUUCUGGGGCAAGUUCCUGAAACUUCCAAGGGUUCAAGUCACCUCACUUGUGAUGGGGAUUCUGGGCUCCAGCUCACAGACUGAUCUCAGGGCAAGAAAAGUGACUGAUGUGUUGAAAGUGCCUGGCCCUGUGCUGGUAUCGAGGUGCUCCAGGCCUGGGAGGGGGUAUCCAUGCCUGGUGGGGGCCCCUCCCUGUCCUGGAGCAGAGUCUGAGGCCACUAUGGGGUUAGUCUCCAUGGGUGCAGAGAGGGGACGUGUAUGUGGAAUCAUUUCAGGUUUAGGGAAGCUGAAGAAAAGCUAGCCCUCCCCAAAGCCCUGGGCCUUCCUUUUCUUCCUGGAUCCUUACCUCGGGGGUGGAGGUGGAGGGGAGCACAACACUGCUCCUCUCAGUCCUUGUCCUUGCUUCCUCAGGUGCUCCCCUGGCAGGAUUGGGUUUCCCUGGAAGGGGUGUAAAGGGGCCUCUGUGCUCCUGGCUGGGCCCCCUACUUCUCUUCAGAGGUACUGAGGGUAGCCCCACCCUGGAGCUGAAUUGCCUGAGGGGCUGGUGGCUGGCUCUGGGAGUCCCUGGUUGGGGGAUGUGUGGUGCUCUGAGCCAGCUACCUGACCCCACCCUCCACCCGAGCUCUUGCUCAGAAUGGGAUGAGGAAGCUUUAGCAGGACUGUCCUCACCUCCUUGUAGGCUCUCCACUGGUUCAUCCUAGACUCUGCUCUCCUCAGAAGGUUGCCUGAGCUGGCAGGCUGCUAGGAAGGAGGCCCUUGUAUCUGUGGGCUCAACGCUGGGGUCUUGUCUCCACUGCAUGCAGUUUUGGAACCUCAGUCUCAGGUGAGGCUCUGGUGACCCAGCCCAAAGCCUCUACCACAGUUUACCUGUUGGCCAAAGCCAGACAUCUCGCUGGCAGUGUCUUCCCACCUUCAGGCUCCUUCCAAACUUCCGCCUAAAUACCCCUGAUCCCGGCCCUUGCUUUCCAUCCCCCUGCCCAGUAGCCUGCUGCUGGGGCUCCUUAUUUCCUUCUGAGUUAAGAGCAUUUGCUCCUACUGAUCUUCUUGGCUCUGUCUCAGCCCCUUGACUUUAUCCUUCUCACCUACCAGAGUUGAUGGGUCUGAAAUGCAGAUUUGAUUCUUGAAGUCUCCUUGAAAUCUUCCUCACAGACUUCAGGAUAACACUCCUGUCUUUGCAGACUAGCCCCCAAUCUCUGCCCCCUGACCCUAGCCCUGAUCACCUUUCCACAUGUGUGUCAUGCCACCACCAUACUGAACCCCUGCGUGGUGGUGGAAGGGAGGGUGGGAACCUCCCCCCACCAUUUCCAAGCUCUGGGGCCUCGGGCAAAUCCUUGCCAGCACAGCACAUUGAGGAAACAGGACAUAGAGGUACAGGAAAGUCUAGUUCCACAGAUUCCCUGGGGAGAGGGUCCCAUGGGGAGGGGUGUGGGCUCCUUUGCCAGGAACGCUGCGAGGCCUGACGGUCCCUGGAGGAUUCUGGGCUGCAUCCUUCCUUGGUGGUGACAGAGAUCAGGCAGACUGGUGCUACAGAGGAGUGCAUGGGAGGUGGGGCUGCAGAGACAGGGCCUGCAGACGGGUCUUCAAAGAGCUUCCAAUAAGGAGGAGAGGGUGUGUGUGGGAGAUGGGGGGAUUGGAGUUGGCUUAAGUGGCAGGGUCAGUAGAGAGUCAGGAGGUUGUGGAUGGGGCAGGGGAGGUCCAGGAAAGUGGAAAGGGACGGGGCUGCAGGGUGGAGGUGGAGAUCAGGUGGUGGCACCACCGUGUGGCUGGGACGGAAUCUCAGCCCUGUGUUCCCAUGCCAGGGCUCCCUGAGACCUUGAGCAGUCCUUGACUUUGGCUAUUGUUGAUUUUGUGUGGCAAGCUUUAUAAGUUUCAACCCCACCCACCUGAUAGAACCUCCUUCCAUUUUGGAAGGAGGAGCAGGGUGUGGAUGUGGGUGGCCCUUGGGAACCUCCAGGACUCAAAUGAAGGGUGGGGCUCCUGCAGAGCCUUGCCCACUGUCUGGGCAGGUUUGAAUAUCCCUCCCUGUGCGGGCAAGGCUUGGGGCAGAGCGUUGCCGUGGCUGGCAGACCACCAGUGUUUCCUCUGGGCUGAGCUCAGGGUGGCUGGGCAGUAGACGUGUCACAGCCGCACACGCCACAGAGGGAUAGCCCUUUCCGUCCUGCCCACUCAGUCACAAGCUCACAGUCUCCUGUGUUUCGGUCUGUGCUGCUCCCCUGGGUGCCUCCGCAAGUCAGGCACCUGGUUCAGGGAAGAAAACAGUCAAUAGGGUCAAAAAUGAAAGUAGGGUGAAGAGACAGGAGAGUGACAAGGUAGCUGCAGAAGACUUCUCAGGAGGUAAUGUUUAAGUUGAGAUCUCAGUGACAAGAAGGGAAGAGCUAGCCUGAGAUCUGGUGGAAGAACUUUCCAGACCAAAGAAGCAGCUCAUGCACAGUGGGAGUGAUGAUGAAGGUGGCAGAUCAGGAUGGCAGAGUGUGUCUGAGAUGGGCUGGGAGUAAGUAUUUUGGGCUUUGUGGCCACAUAGUCUCUGUUCUGCCAACUUGUGGAAAAGCAGCUGCAGACAGGGCGUCAGUGAAUGUGUUGUUUCAACAAAACUAUGGAUAGACCCAGAAAUUUGAAUUUCAUACAAUUUUCAUGUGUCACAAAAUAUUGUUUUUAUUUUUUCAAUCAUUAAAAAGGUAAAAGCCAUUUUUAGCUCGUGACCCACAGAAGCAGACAGUGGGCAUACCCUGCCAACCCCUGUGCCAAACACCAAAGAUGCGUGUGUGUUAACUCACUGGAUCCUUACAAGAACCUUAUAAAGAGGGCACCGCUGUUCCAUUUACAGAUGUGGAAACUGAUUGAAAAGAGGUCGAGGAACUUGACUGAUCCCAGCCACUGCAGUGUGGAGCCCAGGCUUGCACUACCACGUGGAGUGGAGCUGAGAACUGGAAAAAUCGCCCGGAUUAUCUCAGUCUGACAUUCCAGGGAGGCUUGGGGCAGCCCCUGCAGACGGAGGCGGCAGCCGCUUGGCUCAGCCCCCUGGGCCUGGGGGUGAUGCGGUGGUCAUUUGCUGGGACUCCGCUGAGCUGCCCUGGCCUUUGUGUCUCAGCUGAGGGGGCCGUGGGAGCACCUGCUGUCAGCAGCUUGGUCGCCUGGCUUCUCCGAAGGGGAGGCCCUCCUGGAGACACAGUUGCCAGGCCCUCCAUACUGGCAGUGCCCUGGCCGCUUAGGGAAGCCUCACCCCAGGGUACUGGGGACCGGGACCCCAGGACUCUGGACACACACGGCCCAGGCCUCUCCGGCCGCUGAGCCUGCCCUUCUGCCACACCUCCUCGUUAGCCCUGACCCCCAGCAGAUGGGGGGGGGCCAUCCAUGGCUGCUCCCAGGCCCCACCCAGCCUCCUAAGGCCUGCAAGACCCCCAGGCAGGCAGCUCCGGUCAUGGCAGAGCACCUGGAGCUCCUGGCAGAGAUGCCCACGGUGGGCAGGAUGAGCACACAGGAGCGGCUGAAGCAUGCCCAGAAGCGGCGUGCCCAUCAGGUGAAGAUGUGGGCCCAGGCUGAGAAGGAGGCCCAGGGCAGGAAGGGCUGGAGGGAGCAGAAGGAGGUGACUGGCAGGCUGCAGAAGCGGGUCCUCUUCCCUCCGAGUGUGGCCUUGCUAGAGGCGGCUGCCCGAAAUGACCUAGAGGAAGUCCGCCAUUUCCUCGAGAGUGGGGUUAGCCCUGACCUGGCCAAUGAGGAUGGCCUGACUGCCCUGCAUCAGAGCUGCAUCGAUGACUUCCGGGAGAUGGUGCAGCAGCUCCUGGAGGCCGGGGCCAAGGUCAAUGCCCGAGACAGUGAGUGUUGGACACCCCUGCAUGCCGCAGCCACCUGCGGCCACCUGCACCUGGUGGAGCUGCUCAUUGCUCGGGGUGCUGACCUCCUGGCAGUCAACACCGAUGGAAACAUGCCCUAUGACCUGUGUGAAGAUGAGCAGACGCUGGACUGCCUCGAGACGGCCAUGGCCAACCGCGGCAUCACCCAGGAUGGCAUCGAGCAGGCCCGCACCUUGCCAGAGCUGCACAUGCUGGAUGAUAUCCAGAGCCUACUUCAGGCGGGAGCUGACCUCGAUGCCCCCCAGGACCAUGGGGCUACCUUGCUCCACAUUGCUGCAGCCAAUGGGUUCAGCAAGGUGGCUGCCCUGCUGCUGGAACACCGGGCUAGUCUGAGCGCCAAGGACCACGAUGGCUGGGAGCCACUGCAUGCCGCGGCCUACUGGGGCCAGGUGCACCUGGUGGAGCUGCUGGUGGCUCACGGGGCUGACCUGAAUGGAAAGUCCCUGACGGACGAGACGCCUCUCGAUGUGUGCGGGGACGAGGAGGUACGGGCCAAGCUGCUAGAGCUGAAGCACAAGCAUGACGCGCUCCUGCGUGCCCAGGGCCACCAGUGCUCUCUGCUGCGCCGCCGCGCCUCCAGUGCGGGCAGCCGGGGGAAGGUGGUGAGGCGGGUGAGCCUGACCCAACGUACCAGCCUGUACCGCAAGGAGCAUGCCCAGGAAGCCAUCGUGUGGCAACAGCCAGCACCCACCAGCCCAGAGCCGCCCGAUGAGGAUGAGGACCGCCAGACAGACGCAGAGCUACGGCUGCCGCCCCGCAAGGAGGAGGACCCUGAGGUGGCCCAGCCACACAACGGACGCGUCGGGGGCCCCCCAGGGCGGCACCUGUACUCUAAGCGGCUGGACCAAAGUGUUUCCUACCGGCAAAGUUCCCCGGAGGGCACCACCCCCGACGCCCUGGUCCGGGCCAAGGCCCACCACACCCUGGCAGAGCUCAAGCGCCAGCGGGCCGUCGCCAAGCUGCAGCGUCCCCCACUCGAGGGGCCUGAGGCCGAUGAGUCAGGCCUGCCUGUGGACUCUGAGACCCGCCAGCCAGAGGAGGGCCCUGGGGCCGGUGGAGACCCGCCCUUGCUGAAGCUCACAGCCCCCUCGGAGGAGGUCCCUGUGGAGAAGAGGCCGUGCUGCCUGCUCAUGUGAAGGGCUGGGUCUCAGGGAGGUGAAGGUCCUGCUGCCUCAGGGCCCCUGCUCUUCAGACCCUGAUAUGUGCCCCCAGCCAGAACGCUAGCCUCCUCCCUUAGAUGGACCAGGAGCAGAAGCUACACCUGGGAGGCACCUGGCUGCAGAGACCUAGUUUCAUCCUGUGACUGGAUAAAGGGCCAUUCGCUCUGCUA